GUACUUUCAUAUUGCAUACACGGUUAAAGCUGAGAACGACGAUCUUAAAAAGCAACACAUAUAUGUCUGCUAUAAUUUAGCAUUUAUUUAUUCUUUCGAACCACUGUCUCCAUCUAAAAGGACCCCAUCAACCACUGAGAAGAACUUCUGCAAUCUGCCACAUCAAAAUGGUGUCGUAUAUCGCAUCUAGGAUAAUAAUGCUUGUGUUCGGGACGCUGUACCCUGCAUAUAACUCGUACAAAGCUAUAAAGACCAAGAAUGUCAGGGAAUAUGUACGAUGGAUGAUGUAUUGGAUCGUGUUUGCUCUGUUUAUAACAGCAGAGCUAUUUACCGACAUGCUACUGGGAGUAUGGUUCCCAUUUUACUAUGAAAUCAAGAUAAUUUUCAUGUUAUGGCUUCUCUCACCAACUACAAAGGGUUCCAGUGUUCUGUACAGGAAGUUUGUCCAUCCAAUGUUGUCAAAGCAUGAAAAGGAAAUUGAUAGCUAUAUCGAGCAGGCCAAGGAAAGUGGAUAUGAUACCCUGAUACGUGUCAGCCGCAACAGCAUCAGUAUUGCUGCUGAGACCAUGAUGAGGACAGCUGUUACUGGUCAAAAUGUGCUGGCUGAGAAACUACGCCAGUAUGGAACUGAGGGUGUAGAUGGCUCAGAUGGUAGGCUUCGCAAGGCAAAGUCUUGGUAUGGUGGCAUGGAUUCUGAGCAGAAUGACUAUCAGCCAAUCGAUGAGACAGGACAGCCUAUCCAUGAGGAAGAAGAAAUGGAGUAUACAGACCCUGAUGCAGAAAGUGACAAGCUUCAAGAUGAAUUGAGGGAAAACAAAGGGAAGGAGAAAAGGUCUACAAGAAAAUCUCCCCAGUACAGUUCAUCCACCCUUCCUAGAUCUUACAAUAGAUCUUCAAGUUACACAAGAAUUUACUCUGGCGGCUACAGCAAUGAGGCUGAUCUUUCCACAAACUCAAGAAGCAAUUAUGAGUCUGCUACUCUGCCAAGAAACUAUGAGGGCCGAUACUCUACUCGUAGCAGCAGCAGCAGGCGAAAAGACCUCUAAGCAAUUCCCUUGUCACCGAGAUAAGCAUUUUAUUUUUGUUUUUAGCCCAGGAGAGGAAAUACGCAAAUGGCACCAGCAAGGUGGGGCCAACGCCCUCGUGCUAAGAAAACUGGAGGGUCACUACCCCUACUGCCUACGAUUAAUAACGAGGACAAGUACUAGCUUUCUGUAUUCGCUUGUAUAUAGGACUGGACUAGUUGUGCACCGUGCAGUAUUGAACCUCCAUAUUUUAGGUUAACGCCCAAAAGAAUCCAUAGAUGGGUGUAGUAUAUCGUAGAAGGGUCCAGUAUAUCUCUAAUUGUAGCAAUACAUUUGGCAGCCUGUUUUUGUUACAUGAAACUGUUGACACUCUGCCUGGAAUUAGAAAGAAGAGGAUAGGGAAACGUUUUACGAGCAAAGAUUUGAUUGGAUUUGAUAAAGAGAACGUUGAUUUAUUCCUGAAAGGCAAAUUUAAACAUAAGAGCUUUAACCCUGCAAAUAGCGUCAACACCAGCCACGUCCAGUUGAAAACAAGACAAAGGAAAUGAUGGCGAAAUACCUCAUAGCAGCAACCCCCGACACGGUGCUCGAACAGAGCCAGCACAACUGGACCACCGUCUCGCCAGCUUUUUGCUAGCAAUGUUGGCGCUGUUUACACGGGAUUUCACAAGCAAUGUUGGCGCUGUUUGCACUGGACUUUACUACCAAUGCUGGCGCUGUUUGUUUGCACGGGACUUUACUAGCAAUGUUGACGCUGUUUUUACGGAACUUUACUAGCAAUGCUGGCGCUGUUUUUACGGAACUUUACUCGCAAUGCUGGCGCUGUUUUUACGGAACUUUACUAGCAAUGCUGGCGCUGUUUUUACGGAACUUUACUAGCAAUGCUGGCGCUGUUUUUACGGAACUUUACUAGCAAUGCUGGCGCUGUUUACUAGGGACUUUGCUAGCAAUGCUGGCACUGUUUUCACUGGACUUUGCUGGCAAUGUUGGCGCUGUUUACACUGGACUUUGCUAUCAAUGUUGACGCUGUUUUCACUGGACUUUACUAGCAAUGCUGGCGCUGUUUUCACUGGACUUUUCUAACAGUUUUGGCGCUAUUUACACUGGACAUUGCAACAACUAUAUGGAAUUAGUUUGUGAAUACCUCAUUUGCAAGGCGCCAUUCCCGGAAGAUUUUUUGUAAGUUCUGGUGGGAAAGAACUUUAGUAGCGGGGACUAUCCCAUUUGCGCGGGAGGGUGGGUAGGGAUAGUUUUGGGGAUAAGCGGGAAUAGGAAGGGUACUUGUUUUUUUAUAUUUUAUCAAAAAGAGAAUUUGUAUUUCGACCUGAUAGUUAUACAUGGUUCAUUGAUUUAGUAUUGCGACCAUUGACCAUUUUGUUCCACUUAAUAAAAUAGUUCGCUUUCA